ACCUCCUCUAAAUGCUACAGGCUUUUUAAAGACAAUUUUGAUUGGAUUCUUCUGAUGACUUUGACAUGAUCUAUCCACUCCUGUCGCAACAAGAAUGGGAAAGGUUCAUCUGGAGGAUGUUACAAAAGAACUGAAAACUGAGUUCAGUUUAGUAGGUCAAAGGUACCUGGAAGCGCGGACAGGGAAAGAAGGUGAACAGAGAAACAGCUGACUGUGUCUCUGCUGCAAAAAUAUCUAUCCACUCCUUGUCACAACAAGAAUGGGAAAGGUUCAUCUGGAGGAUGUUGAUGCAAAAGAACUGAAAACUGAGUUCAGUUUAGUAAAGGUCAAAGGUACCUGGAAGCGCAAACAGGGAAAGAAGGUGAACAAAGAAACAGCUGACUGUGUCUCUGCUGCAAAAAUCUAUGAGAGCAUCACAGAACAGGGCGCCAGUUGGACAGUGGUCAGCCCCAUUGUCUUUACUUAUAAGGUAACUGAGACCCAGAACUUGCUGAACCCAAGCAACAACACCCUCCUGCUGGGCCACAUCACUGAUCCGCAGCAGCUGGAGGAAAUAAAACAUUCCAACAAGCCAAUCAAACGCUUUGUGGUCAUUGAUCAAGAAGUGUACAAAAUCUACGGUCCCAAGCUAACAGAAUAUUUAGAGGCCAACAAUGUCCUAUACAAGAUUUUGGCUCUACCCACUACUGAGGAGAACAAAUCCAUGAAAAUGGCCUUGAAGAUCCUAGAGGAGGUCAACAACUUCUCCAUUGACCGCCGCACAGAUCCCAUCAUUGCCAUCGGUGGAGGGGUGUGCCUCGACGUAGUUGGCCUGGCUGCCUCACUCUACAGAAGACGCACCCCAUACAUCAGGGUCCCAACCACACUGCUGUCCUACAUCGAUGCUAGCGUGGGAGCAAAGACGGGGGUUAACUUUGCAAACUGCAAGAACAAGCUGGGUGCCUACAUUCCACCCGCCGCUGCCUUCCUUGACCUUUCCUUCAUACAAACUGUUCCACGACGACACAUCUCCAACGGGCUGGCAGAGAUGUUAAAGAUGGCCUUGAUGAAACACAAAGGCCUCUUUGAGCUUCUUGAGACACAUGGCCGUGUGCUGUUGGACACAAAAUUCCAGGCUGAUAACAGUGGAUAUGGAAGCAACUGCUUACAGGUUGCAUCACAAGCGACUCGUAUAGCCAUCAUAACCAUGCUGGAGGAGCUUUCCCCAAACCUUUGGGAGGAUGACCUAAACAGACUUGUGGACUUUGGUCACAUCAUCAGCCCAGCAUUAGAGAUGAAGGUUCUCCCAUCUCUGCUGCAUGGUGAGGCAGUGAACAUCGAUAUGUCAUACAUGGUUUAUGUGUCCAAGGAGAGUGGUCUAUUGACAGAAGAUGACAAGCAAAGGAUCAUCAGCUGCAUGGUGAGCAUGGAGCUGCCUGUCUGGCAUGAGGCAUGUACCAUGGAGCUCAUACAGAAGGCUCUGCAGGAAAGGCUGAAGCAUUCGGGAGGCCUGGUCAGAAUGCCUCUGCCUGUUGGUCUCGGGGAAGCCGAAAUUUCUAAUGAUACAUCUUGUGAGAUCCUGCACAGAGCUUACACAAAAUGGUGUGAUGAGCUGAACGUCUCCUGUGACAGCAACUGUGACUCUUAACAUGUGCAUCCCACAACUGCGUCUGUUUUUAAGAGAACAUAUUUUGUACUCUAGUCAUUGUGAAAUACGAAACUGCAGUUGAUAUAAUUUAACUCCUGUGUUUUCACAAUACGGCAGCAAGGGUACCAUAAUUGCACCGCUAUUUCAAGCUAUUUAGCGCAUAUAGCUGUUUCCACAUUCUUCUGACCAGCAUGUGUUCUUACAGGCUGUUCUCAAAAACCAUUCGUACAAACAGCUACGUAAAGUAAUGCAUGCAGGACUUUUAAACGGGAGAGCGGAGAUGUUAAGGGGAAAACACAAGACUUUUCACCCAGGAAACCGAGUGUUUGUGUUCAGGGUGUACUACUUAGGGGUUGUGAAACAGAUCAUAUUAGAUAUUUUAGUUUUUGUUUUUUUUGUUUUUAACAUCAUAGAACCAGCUAAGCAAGUAAUGUGAAAAUACUCUCUUAUUUAGUCUGUGAAAUACUUGUAAAUAUGCCCCAUUAAAGAUGUUUAUCAUCAUUUAUCAAA